AUGGUGUAUGAAUGGCAGUCUCGCUCAAGAUCGCCGAGAAGACGGGCACACACCCCCGAAAGGCAUCGAGAAGAGAGGAGCGUUCCGACUGCCUAUCGUGUGAGCAAUAGCCCGGGCAUCAGCAGAAGACGCACCCGUUCCAGAAGCCCCCAUGAAAAGAAGAAGAGGCGGUCGCACUCCCACACGAAGUCCAAAGCCAGAUCCCACUCACCUUCCAUCUCGCCGGGAAAGCCAUCCGCCCAUAAGAAUUCCAGUCACUCAGCCAGCAUCUCUCCUGUGGAGAGCCGAGGAUCCAGCCAAGAGCGUUCUGGGGGCGUUCCUUUGGAAAAAGAGGGCCAAAUCUCUUCCGCGAUUGUGUCGUCCGUUCAGAGUAAAAUCACUCAGGAUCUUAUGGCCAAGGUGAGGGCGAUGCUUGCAGCUUCUAAAAAUAUUUCAACCAGUGCCUCUUGAGACGGGAAAGAUGGAAGCUCCAGAAGGAACAAAAAGUCCUCCUUAGCUGCUGGGGGGGGGGGGAAGGUCCUCUUGCAACUCUACCCGAGUUGCAAAAACUUCCUUUGUGGAAAAACAGCCCUGGGAAGGGAGCCUUGUAAAUUAUGUUCUGAUUGGUUUCUCAGUAAGAAUUUUACAACAAGCGGUGCCUGUAUAUUUGUAAAUACGACAUUCCGGCGAGUGUUACCCGAAUAAAAAAUGCAGAGAAAUCCUUUUUAUUAGCUAAAAGGCUUUCUGGAG